GCGAAAGAUGGGCCGUUCCCUUCUAUCUCAGUUCCUCAAUCUCUCAAGUGCUUGUCCACGCUUCAGGUCAUGUAGCACUUCAAGUAAAUUACAACGAAGGCUGCAGAUGGUCCAUCAGAAUCACCUUCCAGUUGGUGGUGGUAGUUACCGAUGCUAUUGCAGUGUUUCAGCCUCCGAGCCUACUGUUAUAGAGAGUUCCUCCAGCUCUAUAAAGAAGAGAAUUGUGUCUGGUGUGCAGCCAACUGGGUCUAUACACCUUGGGAAUUAUCUUGGUGCUAUAAAAAAUUGGGUAUCUCUGCAGGAUAAGUAUGAGACGUUAUUCUUUAUUGUGGAUCUUCAUGCGAUAACUCUACCGUAUGAUGUCCAACAAUUGUCUAAAGCAACUAAAGAUACUGCAGCACUUUAUUUGGCAUGUGGUGUGGACACCUCAAAGGCUUCUGUAUUUGUGCAAUCUCAUGUUCGGGCUCAUGUAGAAUUGAUGUGGCUGCUGAGCUCUGCUACACCAAUUGGUUGGCUGAACAGAAUGAUUCAGUUCAAAGAGAAAUCGCGAAAGGCGGGUGAUGAAAAUGUUGGGGUUGCACUUUUGACCUAUCCAGUGUUGAUGGCUUCUGAUAUUCUUCUAUACCAGUCUGAUUUAGUCCCAGUUGGUGAGGAUCAGAAGCAGCAUUUAGAAUUGACGCGAGAGCUGGCUGAACGCGUCAAUCAUUUAUAUGGUGGUAGGAAAUGGAAGAAGUUAGGAGGGCGGGGUGGUUCAAUCUUUAAGGUUCCUGAGCCCUUAAUUCCUCCAGCUGGAGCACGGGUGAUGUCCCUUACUGAUGGUCUUUCUAAGAUGUCCAAGUCUGCUCCUUCUGAUCAGUCUCGAAUUAAUUUGCUCGACUCAAAAGAUGCAAUUGCAAACAAGAUUAAGCGUUGCAAGACAGAUUCUUAUCCUGGCUUGGAGUUCGACAAUGCUGAUAGGCCUGAAUGCAAUAAUCUUCUUUCCGUAUAUCAAAUCAUUACAAACAGGACCAAGGAGGAAGUUGCACAAGAAUGCCAUGAUAUGAACUGGGGAACUUUUAAAGUCGUUCUUACUGAUGCUUUAAUUGAUCAUCUCCAUCCAAUCCAGACUCGGUAUGAGGAAAUCAUAUCUGAUACAGGUUAUUUGGAUGAAGUUUUAGCAGAGGGUGCGACAAAAGCUGCAGAUAUAGCAGAUGCUACUCUCAGUAACAUGUAUCAGGCAAUGGGGUUCUUGAAGAGAUGAUAACCUUUACUACUCUAACGAGCAAACUAUAUCACGAGAUCAGAAAUCAUCGACACAAAAUUCCUGUUUUGAUGGUAGAAAAAGCAAAUUAAAAGACAGGUUCUCAUUCUUUCUAUGCAAUUUUAUUGAUGUAUCCUGCAACCUACAUUGGAUUCAGGAUGGUCAAAUGUUUGAAUCCCAGAAACAUCUUUAGUAUAUAUUUAUUGGCCGGCACUUGCUAAGCCCAGUAGCCGGGGUGCACCAGUGUCGAGUCCAAGCCAAUGUAGAUUUAGGACUCUAGUUCAUUGUAUUGGGUCGUUGUCGUUAUCUUGGUUCUUUGCAUACUUGUUUUGAUUUCUUCUAGUUUUUUCAUCUAGAAUUGCACGUAAAGAUUUGUUCCGACUCUUUAUGUUUGCUUUUUAUCAUUGCCUGUUAUAAUUAUGUCGUUUAUGGCUUCUGA